UAGAAGAAAAAAAAUUAGAUGGUUCAAAAGCUCGUUACUUUGAUUUAAAUCAUUUUUCAACACACAUCAUUUACUGACAUAUCUAAACUACAGCUGACUUUUUGAACACCCGCAAUGAAUUCGAAAGCCUCCAGUCUCAGAGAGCUUCUUGACAAAAACAGAGCUGCAACCAAAAAGGAGAAAGGCACAUCAGAUGAUUCAAGAACACAAGCAAGUCAGAACCCAAAAUCACCCAGCAGAACUGAACAAGUGGAAAAACAGACAGAGCACGACUAUGACCAACUCAACAAAACAAAUGGCACAAAAAAUCAACACGCCGACAGCCACGAUUGCGAUGAAAUUGCCCUCAAAGCACAGGUUUUGAGAGCUUUUCUGAAACCCAAAAAGACGAAAAAAACUUCAUCUCCAGUGGAAGUGGAUCUGAAUUGUGUGCUAAAAGCAGAGCCUUGUAUUGAACAGCAGCAGGAUGACACCUUAGAGGCUUCAAAAGACCUCCCUGAAAUCAAAAACAAACAACAAAACAUCGAUUCCGAGUUGAACAACUUUCAAAUUAAUGAACUGGAAACUCUACGAAACGAAAACAAAAAUUUGGCUUCAGAGGUUGCAGAAUUGAAGAUGGCAUUGAAAAACCAAAUCGAACACAAUGAAAAACAACAGAACGAAAUGACGUCAAGUAUCAAAAGCCUUCAAGAUACUGUUCAAAUCUUGACAAAUGAAAUAGGUAUACAGAAUAAACAGAAGAAAACUCUCGAAACAGGAAAAGAUCUAGCAUGUAUCAAGAAACAAAUGUCAAUUUUGGAUACUAAACUUGAAGCAGUUGUAAAAUUCAGCGAUAAAAUUGACAAUUUUCGCGAAGAAUUCGAUCAGUUUCAGACUGCAUCAAAAACCCAGGUUGACGCCAACUUUUGUCAGCUUUCAACUGAAAUUAACAAGCAGUUGGAUUAUCAACAAGAUGUCAUUGACUUGCUGCGGGAAAUUAAAGAUACGAUUGAUUCGUCGUCUUCCUCCUCAACUUGCCUUGAAUGCUCGACGCAGAGGCCCGACAUAAGCCAGAAAGAAAAAGCUGUUGAAUCAUUAACUAAUUCUAUGCAAAGUCUAAUUGAUUGGAUAGGAAAAACAACGGACGACAUUCGAGAGACAAAUGAACGCUCGUUUUCAUUGCUCUCAGAAGAGAACAAGCACUUGCGACACAAACUGAGGAGGGAAAGGGGAGAUCACAUUGGGCUUCUCAAUUUCCAACAAUUGCCUGGGAGCAGUGAUGCGGAAAUGAAAAAUGAGUACGAAAAACAGUUGAUAGCAUGCACUGCAGUUCUUAAACUAAUAAGAGGAACAGUGCUGACUUGGUGAA